UUAGCAUUUAUUGUUUUGCAUUUUAUUUACCGGCGUUUUUAUAAGUUAACAACUAGCUAACUAACUAAACUAAAUAAAAAGAUGAAUAAAGCCUCUCGACUUUUCUGUCCGGCUCUAGUUACACCCAAAAAUGCGGUGGUCAAGCAGACGGAGCAACUGUCUCGCAGCCAAAAGCUCUUGACUGAACUGGGAUUGGUGAAAUCGGGCAGUAAUGGCACCUACCAGAUAAUGCCCAUGGCCCAGAGAUCGGUGGACAAGAUGAUUGACUUGGUUCAAAGAAACAUGCUACUGGCUGGUGGUCAGAAGAUCACCCUGCCCAUUUUAACGCCCACAAAUCUUUGGAAAAAGACAGGGCGACUCGAUGGGGACAUCUCCGAGUUCUACAUGGUGCGGGAUCGCAGUGGCAAGCAGUUCCUCAUGAGUCCAACCCACGAGGAGGCAGUCACGGCCAUGCUGGCCACCACUUCACCCAUUUCCUAUCGCCAGCUGCCCUUGAGGCUUUACCAAAUCGGUCCCAAGUUCCGGGAUGAGCUAAAAACACGAUUUGGCUUGAUGCGAGCCAAGGAAUUCCUAAUGAAGGACAUGUACUCGUUUGAUGUUUCCGAGGAAACAGCCAGAGAAACGUAUUCCAUAGUCAGUGCUGCCUAUGAUAGGUUGUUCAAACAGCUGGAGGUUCCCUUUGUUAAGGUGAAUGCCGCUACGGGAAUGAUGGGAGGCAGUGUAUCCCACGAGUACCACUAUAUAUCGCCCGUUGGCGAGGACACCCUGCUGCAGUGCAGCUCUUGUGGCUUUGCUGGCAACUCUGAAGUCCUGGAUGUCAAACCAGGAUCACCAGUUUCCUGUCCAAGUUGUAAAGGCUCAGAUUUAAAAGAAGUUCGAGGAGUUGAGGUGGCGCACACCUUUUUGUUGGGAGACAAGUACUCCAAGCCCUUGGGUGCUACCUUUCUAAACACCUCUGGCAAGCCACAAUCCCUUGUAAUGGGCUGCUAUGGAAUUGGAAUCAGCAGGGUUAUAGCUGCUGCUCUGGAGGUGCUCUCUUCGGAACAAGAACUUCAUUGGCCAAGACUCCUAGCGCCCUACGAUGUGUGUUUAAUAGGACCCAAACAGGGCAGCAAGGAGCAGCCCGCAGCGGAGGUGAUCGAGAAUGAGCUGCUAUUACAAGUAGGAGAACUUUGUGGCCAACAGGAGCUGCUCCACGAUGAUCGCAAGGAACUAACGAUAGGCAAACGUUUGCUGGAAGCCAAGCGGCUGGGCCAUCCGCUCAUCAUAGUAGUGGGUGCAAAGGCUGCUCAUCAGGGAUCGCCCAAACUGGAAGUGCACCUCAGCAAAGGUGAAAAACUUGAACUAGACAUUAAUGAAGCCCUAAAGCUUAUAGCGGAUUAUAGCCAGCACAAAGAGAGUCUUCUGAAGGGAAUAUUUCCCCAAGACACACAAGAAAGAAUAAGCGAUUCAGUUGGCCAUCAGCUUUAG